AUGUCCGAUACAUACACUGGCUUCGACGACUGUGGAUGCAGUCUGGAGGAGCAAUCGCUACGCCGGCAUUUCAACCCCAUCAGAUUCAUCCGCGGCUCGCGCGCGGGAGGCGUAUGGUCAAUCAGCACCGACUUUAUUUUUAAAGGGCACCCCCAAUUCGAAGAAUAUCUGAGGAACGAAAUCCGAGCACUGAAGCUACUUGCAGCUCAUCCCCAUAUCCCAGCGCCGAAGGCUGUUUAUGACUGGGUCGAUCAAAACGGGAAUUAUUUCGCGCUGCAGACACGGAUGGACGGUGAGACACUCGAGAGUGCCUGGCCAUCAUUAUCAAAUGACCAGAAGGCCACUAUCGCAGACCAGGUGGCUGACGUGUGCAAGCAACUACAGUCCAUCACAUCGCCAAGUAUACAAGGCAUUAAUGGAGGAGCCUGCCGUUUAGACAUGGUGUUUGAUGAUGCGUUCUCAAAUAAAACGGAUAAAUUUAUGCAGCGCUUCCCCGAAUGCGGCCCUUAUGUUCUCACCCACGGUGACCUUAAUAUUUCCAAUAUCAUGGUCAAAGAUGGGCAGCUGAUGGGGAUAAUUGACUGGGAAUUUGCAGCAUAUUAUCCCAUAUGGUAUGAGUAUCUUGGAAUUGCCUGUGAUUCUAUUGGCAAGGACGCUGAAUGGAGAGAGUUGUUGCGACAACGUCUUGAUAGCCAUGAAGAUGCCAAAAAAUUCUGGAAGGACCUGCGCACUUUGCAAUGGUAUGAUCGCUUGGGGAACUAA